UGUACUUUUGUGCUCAAAGCGAAACCAUAUGAACACGUCUCUGAGAGAAGGAGGCGACAAGAUGCUCUCUGCACUUCUCCUCCUGUCGCUACUGUCCGCGUGGGUUCACCCAGCCUACUCGCUCUACUUCCACAUAGGAGAGACGGAGAAGAAAUGCUUUAUCGAGGAGAUUCCAGACGAGACCAUGGUGAUCGGAAAAUACAGCACUCAGCUGUGGGACAAACAGACCAAUUCCUUCCUCCCAGCCACCCCCGGCCUUGGGAUGCAUGUUGAGAUCAAGGAUCCAGAUACAAAGAUAAUCCUGUCUCGUCAGUAUGGGUCUGACGGACGGUUUACCUUUACUUCCCACACUCCUGGAGAACAUCAGAUCUGUCUGCACUCCAACUCCACCAAGAUGGCUCUGUUUGCAGGUGGAAAACUGAGAGUGCAUCUGGAUAUUCAGGUCGGGGAGCAUACCAACAACUACCCUGAAAUCGCUGCUAAGGACAAACUCACCGAGCUGCAGCUGCGAGUAAGACAACUUCUGGACCAGGUUGAACAGAUCCAGAAGGAGCAAAACUACCAGAGGUAUCGGGAGGAGCGUUUCCGCAUGACGAGCGAGAGCACCAAUCAGCGUGUUCUGUGGUGGUCCAUCGCUCAAACACUCAUCCUCCUCAUCACUGGGAUUUGGCAGAUGAAGCACCUCAAAGGCUUCUUUGAAGCCAAGAAACUGGUGUAGCGUGUGUGUGAGUACGGGCAGCAUCAGGAAACAACAUAAAACACAAGAAGACAGACUUGACUGAGUGGACCAGAGAGACAUCCACCCAGAGCCACAUCCAGAGGAAGACACGUAGUCUUACUAUCAGUCAUAAAUGGUACAAGCUAAUUUAUUCCGUCAGUUAUCAGUGCGGGGCAUUGUUUUUUUGUUUUUUUGCUAAUGUUUUAAGCUGUUGUUGUUCUUCUGUUAGCAGCAACACAAUAGAACCCAAUUCCUACUGCCUUUCUUUUCAUAUUUUCUUGACAUCACUGGUUAGUUUCUGUUUUUUUGGUCCCUGUUCAAGAAGAGGAUGUUUUUUUAAGGUCACACAGGAGUGAGUGGGUACAGCAGGAGAUGUAUAACAAUGAUAAUGUUAAAGCUGUUAAUAACCAAGUAAAGCAGCUUUCAGACAUGCACCGAACUCAGGAGAUCCUCCGGAGCUGUAUCUGUGAGCGCAAAUGUCCGAUUGAGAGCCUCCAGAGUUUCUGUGGACUUCUUCGGUCUUAUCCCUGUUGAAUAAGGUCGGAGUGGCCGAUGUGAGAACACGGCAGAACAUCUUCCACAGGAUACACUGCAAGUGAUAGGGUGUGUUGACAUCUCGAGCAGGCAACAGCAAACUCUGGAGAAAGUCUGGACCCAGUCCUCCGGACUUCCUCUGGAGUUCAUGUCUGAAAACAUCUUGAUUUAUUGACUCCUGAUUUCAUUUGUUUGUUGUUAGUGUUGCACAUAGUUUUAUAUUUUGCUAACAUUAGCUUUUAGCUGUGGUCAUACCUGCAAUGCAAAUAUUAUACCGGCCUUGAUUCCUCACAUUUUCAUGCUCUGACACUUUGCUUGAACUCCUGUAUUUAGUAUUUAUAAGUAGAACAUAAACACUUAAUGGUUUAUAAUUGCCUGAAAUAAAUUGUAUUUAUGACAUUUUCAGCUUUUAGUAAUGUAUUGGUGAACACUUAAAAUCUCCUGUGAAGCAAAUGUAACUGGUGAAUAGAUCGAUUAUUCAUCUUUAAUGAUAACACAGUGUUUAAACUUGUGUCCAUCCUUCACAGGUGAGUUUAUAAAUCAAAACUCACAAUGACAUGUGGAACCUGAAGAUUCAUUCUUAGAGGUAGUUUGACCAAAGAACAUGAAUAAAUUUAAUUCAAGGUUCACUUACAAUUUUUUUCUAGUAGCUCUCAGCCCCAUCUUGUGGCCUUCAUCAGAAAAAAUGGUUUGUAGUAAUUUGGAGUAAUUGUAAAUAAAUAUUCCACAUGACAUAAACACAGUAAAAAAAAUGUAUAUAACUCAGAUUUUAUAUGUCAACUUGUCAUUUAGUAUUUGUCUGUCACAAUUACUUCACAGACAAGGCUUUGAUUAGAGUGCAUUGUAAACCAUUGCGUGUUGACCUCUUAUCAAUAUGAAACAGGGGUUUAAAUGAAGUGUUAGCAUCCAUCCCUCUACUGCCUGUACAGAGUUUCCAGGGAGUCCAGUUCCCUGCUCAUUUUACCAGAGCACGGCCUGUAGUUAGUUUGUGAUACUCACCUGUGAUUAGCAGGAUUCUAAUGACCGGUGUAAAUAACAGGUUUAGCUUAUUGAUUGUCCUGUUUGUUUUCUAAUGCCUUUCAUAUGAACUAAAUGAUGUGCAAGUCUUUACGUUUGUUUCGGGUGUGUUGAGUUUUUUUCCUGCAACUUAUUUAUUGAGCAGUCAUAGCCUGGGUUUUAUUGCUUUGAGACAUUUGUAUUUCUCAACACUGGACAGCAUUUUAAUUGUUAGAUUCCUAAUGAGGGAGCAUUUGUCAAUUGGAAGGAACGGUAACUUUUAUCCUAUAUUUUAAAUGUCGAUUUAAAACAGCCCUUGUGCAAUGUUUUCAAUUUUCUUUUCUAUGUUACAGUAUCACUAUUCCAGCCUAUCCAGAUGUCACGUGCACGUUCUUAAUAAACAAACUGAUCUAA